UAUGUAUAUAAUUGUCACACAGAACAGAAAUGACGGGAGGUAACUCCGAUGCAACUGCCUCAACUAACCAGGCGGUGGGUGGGGUAUUAUUUCUGUUCGUAUUGGUCAUACUUAUGGCUCUUUGUAUGGACACACCGGUUGUACAACAAGGAAAUCCGAUCCCUAACUGGGUAAUGUCUAUAGUCCCGGACCCGGCCUUAGAUGUCGGUUUCUCAGGGACCUCUGAUGGAAUCAACGCAAUAAAUAACAACUGUGUCCACAGACACAGGAGAGGCGCUUUUGAGACCGAUGGUGCAAGAUGGGGAGCAGCACUCUCAAAGGGAAAGCACGUGUUCGAGAUUUAUUGGCCUAGCGGUCAUCGCGGCACCAUGGCAACAGUCGGUGUCGGUACCGAGGAUGCUCCUUUAUUCGUUAAACCUAAAGACUCUCUGGUAGGCUGCAAUGGUUUCUCAUGGGGUUUAGACAUCGCCAGGAAACGUCUGCUGCACAGGGGUGAAAUGCUUGGCACUAUGCCAAGAGGCGGCGUCGUACCAGACAAGUUCUACAUGUACGUUGACUGCGACGGUGGUACCCUUGGUUUCGGCACAGACCACGCCUACUGGGGUGCCCCUAUUAAUAUACCACGUGCUAAAUUCCCAGUGUAUGCAAUGAUAGGCUCACUAUGUGAGAACUCGCAGAUUACUAUGAUCUACAGGGGUUCAGAGAACAAAAAUAUGGCUCCAGGAAACAUCACAGCGGUAACAGUACCUUCAACCGGACCCGGUGGCCAAGUCCAAGUCACAGUAGUCAACCCUGGAACUAUGCAGGUAGCCGGGGCUUCUGGAUAUGGCCAACCUGUUCCCCCGCCCGCUUACACACCCACAGCCCCAAGUUACCAAGCCCCCGAAAUGAAGGCUGGACCUCCUCCAGAUGCAGUAGAACCAGCUAAAGAAGCCCCGCCAUAUGAAGACCAGUCUGAAACCCAUAUAGCACCAGUACAAGUGUCCGGAAACUAACGUCAGAGUCUUUGGUGGAUAACGGAUACCAUAGCAAAGAAACCGGAAGUACAACACCAGACGUUCAUGUUUUGGCGAACUGUUAUUUGUCCGAAAUCAAACACAUAAAUUGAAAUGCUUUAUUAACCUGUAAUUUGUAUAUUAUUUUUCUUUGCUGCUUGCCUUAUGAAACUAAUGUAGUGUUUUGACAUUUUAAAACCAUGUACUAAAACACAGAUGAUUUUUGGUAUUUUAGAAUUUGAAAAAUAUAUACACUAAUGAAAAACGUAAAAACGUAUCUAAGGCAACAAAACAAAGAAACAACUGUUAAUAUUUUAAGGCGACAAGAGGAUAUUAAAACGGGGUACGAGAUGACUCAUGUGCCCUUUCUGAAGCGAUUUGGGACUUUUCUGACGGAUUUGCUCAUUCCAUUGUUUCUUGUCGUUUUCUUUUGUUUUUAUCUUUUUAUCAAAGUGACUGUGAUUAUCAUAUAUUAUAGCAUUUAUCUUCGCACGCAUUUGUAUCUAUAUGGUUCAACGUUUUUUUUGUGAUAUUUUUUACGUAAUGUUUAAAAAUGUAAAAUGCAUUUAUAUACCAUGUUAAUAAUUGUUAUAUAAAUAACUAUAAUUGUUUUUUUUAAAGUGUGUUUUAUUUUAAAAAGAUAUGUCCGACAGACCAACAAAAGCAAUAAAAAGUGCAUGAUGUGAAUUUUUUUGAAUGGUACAUAUUAGUGUGUAUUUUGACUGAAAUACUGUAGAAAAACGGCGUUAAAUCCAAAACAAACAAACAAAACAAACAAACAAAGAUUUAGUUAAAGUAAAUUUUUGAAUUGUUUAUUCUUUGUACAUAAACAUUUAGAGAUAGCUUAUUUGGUAAAAGUAAUACUCCUUUUUUGUGUUCUUGCAUAACAUUUUCAGUCAGCAUUUCAUCAUUUUGAGGGAGAACAAAUUAUACAGCAUUCUAGGUACAUUUAUUUCGGUACAAAUACAAAUUAUAUAUUUAUUACUUUCAUAUAAACUAAACAAUGAACGUCCGAAAGUUUUUUUUCUUCAUGCCACCGAGUGAGAUCUCGGUUACUUGGAUUACUGUUAAACUGACGGUGCAGUUAAACCUUCAAACGUGAUAUAGUACAACUUUUUUCAGCGGGCGGCCCCUGGAAAGACCGAGAAACGUACAUUUGUAUUUGUUGGUCAAGGAAUACUGCUCUUAAGUUUUUAAAUUACAAAGGUUGUUAUAAUAAUUCUUCUAUAUUGAGAGAGAACAUCCCUUCCAUUGAAGAAGGGCUAUCUCCUAUGCAGUGAUCUCCCCUUACAGUAUAGUGCUAGGGGAGGUAACCGCUGCUGGGAGUGUUAGCUCUUCAGGAGUGUCGUAAACAUAAGUUAUACUAAAGAGCUUGGCCUUAUGAUUACAAGCUACUGAGAUUUCAUAGUACUGGUUUUCCAAAGUCAAAACAGUUUUAACAGGGUACUAUUUUUUCUACUACACGUACGCUAUGAACACGGAAAUAAGUAGCAUUAUAGAAAUCUUCAGUAUUUCCUAUGGUGCAUAUUAUUUGAAAUGGAGCCAACUCUGUGGUCCGUAACUGACCAAUUAACGAUUAUCUGUUAUUUCCCCUAAAAACGCUUGGAAAAUUUAAAAGCAGGUACAUUUUCGAUUCUUAUUUUUGUACAUCAUUACAUCAAAAUUCAUAGGAGAGGAACAGUGAAUUUGUAAAAAUCAUAUUGCAUCGUUAAACAUGAAUAUCUACAUAUUGUAUCUCAACUUAUCGCCAUAUUUUAAUUACAGAUUAGAUGAAGAUUGUAACAAGAAUUUGAUGGAUUUGCUUGCAUUUUCAUUUUCUUUGAACAAUUUUUACAUAUUAAAAUACCUUUAAAAAUGGAAAUUAUAUUAAUACAUGUUGGUUUCAAUAUUUGUUUUACAUAUUGUAGGUUAAGAAUAUUCGAAAAAUACAUUAAGAUGUAACACAUCAUAAUUGUUUUUCUUAGACUAUGAAGAGGAAGCGAUUUAACUCUUUGUCAUAAUUAUAUACAAUCAUCUAUGCACUAAACCAAAGUCGGUAAUAAAAGUUUAA